AUGGUCCUUCCAAAACUGAAGUGGCCUCUUGCCAUCUAUGAUAUUCCGUUCACAACAGUUACCAGAUGGGAACAGAAUACCAACAGUUUCCUCAGAAAGUGGUUAGGGGUGGGGCACACUCUGAGUGGUCUUUGUCUGUUCAGUCAAUCAUCCAGUGUGGCCUUACCGGUGAGCAGCUUGACAGAUACAUGGAAGAUAGAGAAGUGUCGACUGUUGCAAUCUUAUCAGACAUCUAAGGAUGACCUGAUUAAAGCAGUCCAGCCCCAAGUUCGUUCUGGUAGAGUUUGGAGGCCUGAGACAGAACUGGAAGAGGCCAGAAGAGAUUUGGUCUGUGAAUCGGUGCGAGGGAUGGUGCAACCUCAAAAAAGAGUUGGCAUCGGUUUUGGUGACUGGAAAAAACCUUGGGAGAGGAUGGAUGAGCGGGAAAGAGAGAGGGAGGUUAUGCUGAGAGUGAAGGAGAACAUUGAAAGAGAGAGGGAGGUGCAAGUAGGUUCUCUGGAGAUGCAGAGCAGGUGGGGUGAGUGGAGAGAGCUCGUAAUGAAGACGGAUUUGAGCUGGCAUACACUUUUUAAGUAUGGUGACUCACUUAUUGGGUUCAUGCUAAGUGCUGUGUACGGCACCCUCUUAACCCCCUCUAUGGUUUCCAAGUGGAGUGAAGAUGAGGAUGGGAAGUGCAAGUUAUGUGAGGAGAGGAUGGGCACCAUUCAGCACAUUUUGGCUGGGUGUAAGGUGGCCCUUAGUCAAGGAAGGUAUAGAUGGCGGCACGACAAGGUUCUGAAGCAGAUCUCUGAACAGGUUGUCUUCCAUUGUGAUCGCCGAGUGAACACUUAUAAGAACAAGGCCGGCAAUGGAAGACAGUUCAUUGAUUUUGUUCCUGCUGGGAGGAGAAAAGCAGGUACAGACGACCGGAAGGAGAGUCGUGGUUUUGGGAUCCUGAGUGGGUAUCGGGAUUGGAUAGUGCUGUCAGACCUUGAGGGGCAGCUUAAGUUUCCCAGUGAGAUUGUGGAAACACGGCUGAGGCCGGACCUUGUGAUAUUCUCAAGGUCGGCAAAGACAGUUAUUUGGUGGGAGCUAACAGUACCAUCUGAAGAGCGGAUCGCUGAAUCGCACGAGUACAAACUCGACCGAUACAGUGGUCUGCAGGCUGAGAUUCAGGCGAAAGGUUGGUGCUGUUAUAAUGCCGCAGUCGAAGUUGGAGCUAGGGGAGUGGUUGCGCAGAGUUUGGAGAGAGCUGCGAGGAUGAUUGGUUUUAGAGGAAGAGAGCUGAAGAAGCUGGUACGGGACAGUGGGAAAGAGGCAGCCCACUGUUCCAGAUGGAUUUACUUGUUAUCGAGAAAGAGGGAGUGGGAGUUCAGGAAGGUUGGAGCUUGA